UAUUGAGCGGCUUAUCUUAUCGCUGGACCAUAACCCCGGGACCUUGAACUUCCCCAAGCUUCCCCAUACCAAUCUCCGGUCAUCAUCACAUCUCAUUCAUGGAUCUCAUGAGUACUGAGAACACCUAUCUAUAAAAGACCAGUAAAAAUAUUUCUCAAUUCUCAGCCUACUCUACAAGUGCUUUUUUACAUAUCUCGAGAAACCUUGGAUACAAAGAAAUGUCUAUAGCACGGCUCCUACUUGAUUAUCGUCUUAGACAUACCCGGCCCUUCUACGGUACUAAUUGCAAAUGUUACGCGAAGCAGCGCCACCCUGCUAAGAGACAGAGAAAAGACACUACAACCUGAAGAAAGUGAAAGUGCUUCAAGAAUACUAGACAUCCACACGCACUCAUUGCUCUUAUAUAUGAGCAUCAAGGUAGUUACUAGCAACUACCUGGGUAUUGUCUUCUCCCCCUUAAGCCUACCCGAGACUGGUAAUAUGAUAUAGUCACAAUGUAUAACCUCGAAAGCCACUUCCGCAAAUUCUCGUACGUAGAGAAGUCAUACCCAAGAUCAUGCCAUGCGCAUCAGGUAGAAGCAAUUACGGCCGGAAAUGGCAUUCCCUUAGGACAUCUCAGCUUUGGCAUCUCACUCACUCUCUCUUCUCUGUCUUUCUUGUAAACCAACUUCACUCCCUCUACCUAUAUCUAGACUCUGGAGAUGGCUGCCACUACGAUCUACCCGUCUAAGAACUCGAGCUCUCAUCGUUCUUCUAUCCCAAGACUUAACAUUGACGCGGCGAUGUCUUCUCAGCCGCCUCCCGCACCUGCACCGCCGUCCCCCAAACCAGGCAGCAGUCAUGGUAGCAAUCCUCCUAAGAAGCCCGGAGACCCUAAGAAGGAGACGUACCGGCUCCUGUCCCAUCCUGAAUGGGUUCAGUUUUGUCGAGGCAUCGGAGUCUUCAAAGACGACGAGAGCGAGGAGGUCGUUCGUCCAACGAGCUCAUGGUGGCCGCCUCAAGGUUUUAGAGAUGGCCUCUAUCAAGACGUUCUCUCUGAGAAAACCAAGUUUACCUACGGGUUUCAUAUCAUAUCCACUAUUACCUGGAUCUUGAUGCUCAUUCAGAUCGCCAUGAGUGCCGUUCUCACCGCUCUCGGAUCCGUGACAACUUCAUCUACAGUCAAAGAGGGAACAGCAAUCACUUCCAUCGCUGCUAUGAACACCUGCGUUGGCGGAAUUCUAGCCCUUCUUCACAACAGCGGCCUACCAGCCAGGUACCGAUCCGACAGGAACGAGUUCUACAAGCUCGAAGAGCACCUAAAGUCCAUCGUCGACACGGCCCUCGUUCCCGCAGACCAGGACAUCAACGAGGUGCUCGCCGACUGCUACAGCAUGUUCCGGGACGCCAGGCAGACCGUACAGAACAACAUCCCGGCCUCCUACACCACGGCCCCGCGAAGCGAUAAAAGGCUAGCUGAGCGAGCCUCGAGGAUGAUUGACGCGAAGAAGUGAAGUUGGUUGUUGAUAUGUAUAAGAUACCCCUUGAUACCCAAACCCUAAUCAAACCACUCAAUACCCACAUACAUACCUCGACUCGUAAUGACGGCAAAAUUUUAAUAUUUCCACUGAUCGAAAGAGACAUUUGGGGGUCUGCUGGCCUAUCGCUUGCCGCUACUGUAUAUUAUUCUUGUUUCAAGUUCUAUACUAUUAUGUUGUGAUAACCGCCGUGUUGAAGGCUAUAAGGUACGGAACAUCAUGUUGGUAGUUGGGGUUGACUCAUGUAUUGGUACUAGGUAGCAAGGUCUAUUCAUCGUUUGCCUGUUAGGGUAGACGCGAGAGGCGUGUCAGGGGCGUGUUUAAUUAAGGACGACGGGUAGUCUAGGUAUAAUUGACCUUUAAAUAAUAAAUUCGUUGACG